AUGCGGCUCUCAUCGUAUAAUACCACUCCAGCGAAGUCUUCUUCUAUUUAUGCAUCCGUACUGCACGGGCCGCGCGAUCUUAGGCUCGAGACGAAGACCAUCGAGGCCCCCGGAUCUGGCGAGCUCCAGAUUGCAGUCAGAAAGACCGGCAUUUGCGGAUCCGAUGUGUCCUACUAUAAGAAGUUCGCCAACGGCGACCUAUGUGCUUGCCAUCCCCUGUCUCUUGGGCAUGAGUCUGCCGGCGAAGUCGUCGCAAUUGGGCCUCAAGUCGAUGGCUUUCGGGUCGGAGAUAGGGUGGCACUAGAGGUCGGCGUCGCUUGUGGGCAAUGCGGCAUCUGCCGCAAGGGACGUUACAACCUGUGCAAGAAGCUACGGUUCAGGAGCAGCGCCAAGAGCUACCCCCAUUACCAGGGGACUCUGCAAGAGAGAAUCAACCACCCGGCCGUCUGGUGUCACAAACUACCCGACCACAUCUCGUAUGAUGCCGCUGCCCUCCUGGAGCCUCUUUCGGUAGCUAUUCACGCCAUGAAUCGUGCGCAGCCCGUCCCUGGUUCGACGGCGCUGGUCAUUGGCGCUGGCACGGUGGGCUUGCUUACAGCAGCCAUGGCCCGUCAAUCCGGCUGCACAGCAGUGACCAUUACCGAUAUUGACGCUGGACGAGUCAACUACGCCAUCUCAAAGGGCUUUGCCACCCACGGCUACGUGAUCAAUAGGAGUUUCGGCUCUGGCGCGUCGACGCCCGGGUCAGGCUCACUCACCCCGUCGAGCGUCUUUUCAACCGCGAGCCAGUUCGAUGGCGCAAAGUCAGCCGCAGCCGAGAUCUUUGCAGUCUCGCAUCCACCGGAUGAAUUCAUCCUCGACGAGGAUGAGGAUGGGUUCGACGUCACAUUCGAAUGCACCGGAAAGGAGGUGUCCAUGCACACCAGUCUCUAUGCCACGAAGCCGGGCGGUAAGGUGAUUAUGGUCGGCAUGGGGACGCCAAUCCAGACGCUGCCCCUUUCGGUGGCCCAUCUCCGCGAAAUUGACAUUCUUGGCAUCUUCCGGUACGCCAACACGUACGCGACUGGCAUCCGUCUGCUCUGCUCACAGAAGAGAGGCGCUGCUGGGUCGUUUCCGAAUCUCGAUGACAUGGUCACCCAUCGCUUCAAAGGGCUGGAUAAGGCACAAGGUGCCUUUGAGCUCGCGAGCCGAACGUCGGACGAUGAUGGAAACUUGGUGCUCAAGGUUGUCAUCGAGGCAUAA